AUGAAUGGCACCGACAUGAAAAAGGCGGCCAUCAACAAGGCCAAGCAGGUCGCGCAGGCCGCAAACAGCAACGGCGGCAAGAAGCGACGGAAGGGCCAGGACCUCAAGCCCAUCAUCACGGCAGAGAAUCAAGGCGGCGCCCAGAAUGCAUCGCCCUCUGGCUCCACGGCCUCCUUUCACUACAAUGUGCAGAGCGCAACGUCGCCCCACAGCCAGAACAAAAUGUACGGAAGCCAAUUGAGCCACUCGCCAGACUCGUCGUCAUCGUCGGUCGAUGAGGCCGAGAACACGGCCGACGAGGAGGACUCGGAGGACUACUGCAAAGGCGGCUACCACCCAGUCCAAGUGGGCGAGGAGUACAAGGACGGCAAGUACACGAUUGUGCGCAAACUCGGCUGGGGCCAUUUCUCCACCGUCUGGCUGUCCAGAGACAACACCAAUGGCAAGCACGUCGCCCUCAAGGUCGUCCGCUCCGCUGCGCAUUACACCGAGACGGCCCUCGAUGAGAUCAAGCUGCUCAAAAAAGUCGUCGAAGCCAACAAAGACCACCCCGGCCGCGCACAUGUCGUCAGUCUGCUCGACUCAUUCAACCACAAGGGCCCCAACGGCGUCCACGUCUGCAUGGUCUUUGAGGUACUGGGCGAGAAUCUCCUGGGCUUGAUCAAGCGAUGGAACCACCGCGGCAUACCCAUGCCACUAGUCAAGCAAAUCACAAAGCAGGUGCUCCUCGGCCUCGACUACCUCCACCGCGAGUGCGGCAUCAUCCACACCGAUCUCAAGCCCGAGAACGUUCUUAUCGAGAUUGGCGACGUCGAGCAAAUCGUAAAGACAUAUGUAAAAGAAGAGCCCACAAAGAAGGGUGGCGAAGAUAGCGUUAGGAACGGCAGGCGGAGGCGAAGGACUUUGAUCACAGGCAGUCAGCCACUCCCCAGUCCGCUCAACGCGAGCUUCAACCACGCUGAGCUGUCCAGCUUCCCUGGAAGCACCCAGAGCCUGAACAAGGUUAUGAGCGAGGGUACAGGUAAACUUUCCCCCACGACUGUUCCGAGUCCUCCUCCUUCAUCAGACGGUGUCGUAAUGAGUGGUGCUCUAGCAACUCCGGCUUCUACAUCGAACCUGUCCAUGGCAGAACGGCUCGGCAUCAAGUCGACAAACGAAGACGACGCACAGAAACAGCGAGAAAAAUCUGCCGACCUGCUUACCAAAGAGGUAUCCAGUAUCAGCCUUGACAGGCCCGCUAGCGCUUCGGGCAAAUCACAGCUUGAACAGCAGGUCGAACACUCUUUCGAAACAAUAUCUGUCAAAAUCGCAGAUCUCGGAAACGCCUGUUGGGUUGGGCACCACUUUACCAACGACAUCCAGACCAGGCAGUACAGAUCCCCAGAAGUUAUCCUGGGCGGUAAGUGGGGUGCCAGUACUGACGUUUGGAGUAUGGCUGCAAUGACAUUCGAACUCAUCACGGGCGACUAUCUUUUUGACCCACAAUCCGGCACCAAGUAUGGCAAGGACGACGAUCAUAUUGCUCAGAUUAUUGAACUGUUGGGAACCUUCCCCAAAGGCCUAUGCAUGUCCGGUAAAUGGUCACAGGAAAUUUUUAAUCGCAAAGGCGAGCUUCGCAACAUUCACAGAUUACGACAUUGGGCGCUGCCAGAUGUUCUGCACGAAAAAUACCAUUUCAGCACAGAGGAGAGCAAGAAGAUUGCCGACUUUUUGUUGCCCAUGUUGGAAUUGCUACCCGCGGAUCGAGCCAAUGCUGGAGGAAUGGCAGGUCAUGAAUUCUUGAAGGACACAAAGGGAAUGGAGAAUGUCAACUUGAAUAUUCCGGUUGGUAGCAAGGGCGAGGGCAUAGAGGGUUGGGCUACGGAGGUUAAGAAGACCAGGUAG